CGCCCCUCACCAACAUGGCGGCGGGCCGGGAGUGCGCAUGAUCAGCUGUCCCUGGAGAUACCCGAGUCCGGAGGGGAGAACACGGUCGGGGGAGAUCGGCGGCUGCGGCGGCGUUGGCCGAAGCUGCUCCUGGCUGACAGCUGUGGGCCUUAGAGACGCCUCCUGUACCCUGCCCUCGGUUUGAUUGCUUCCUUUUGCUGUCAGUGCUGCAAGCUUCAGAGGGGCAUUUCCUCCGCAGGUUUGAGGAUAGAACGGACUUAGCACUCAGGCCUGUGAGGCAGGAGAUACGAAGAUUUCCAAAGAAGGACCAGUUCCUCGGAUGUACCCCCUCACAGAGAGAUGAAGGGGUGAGUGAAGAAGAGGCAGCAGAAAACAGCAGAAACUGAAGAGGGGACAGUGCAGAUUCAGGAAGGCGCAGUGGCAACUGGGGAGGACCCCACCAGUGUGGCUAUAGCUAGCAUCCAGUCAGCUGCCACUUUCCCUGACCCCAACGUCAAGUACGUCUUCCGAACUGAAAAUGGGGGCCAGGUGAUGUACAGGGUGAUCCAGGUGUCUGAAGGGCAGCUGGAUGGCCAGACUGAGGGGACUGGUGCCAUCAGUGGCUACCCUGCCACUCAAUCCAUGACCCAGGCCGUGAUCCAGGGUGCGUUCACGAGUGAUGAUGCAGUUGACACAGAGGGGACAGCUGCUGAGACGCACUAUACUUACUUCCCCAGCACUGCAGUGGGAGAUGGGGCAGGGGGUACCACAUCGGGGAGUACAGCAGCUGUUGUUACUACCCAGGGCUCAGAGGCACUACUGGGGCAGGCGACCCCUCCUGGCACUGGUCAGUUCUUUGUGAUGAUGUCACCACAAGAAGUGCUGCAAGGAGGAAGCCAGCGCUCUAUUGCCCCCAGGACCCACCCUUAUUCCCCGAAGUCAGAAGCUCCCCGGACAACUCGGGAUGAGAAACGCAGGGCUCAGCAUAAUGAAGUGGAGCGCCGCCGCCGUGACAAGAUUAACAACUGGAUUGUACAGCUGUCCAAGAUCAUCCCAGACUGCUCCAUGGAGAGCACCAAGUCUGGCCAGAGUAAAGGUGGAAUUCUAUCCAAAGCCUGUGAUUAUAUCCAGGAACUUCGGCAGAGUAACCACCGGUUGUCUGAAGAACUGCAGGGGCUUGACCAACUACAGCUGGACAACGAUGUGCUUCGACAGCAGGUAGAAGAACUUAAGAACAAGAAUCUGCUGCUGCGAGCUCAGCUGCGGCACCACGGAGUGGAGGUUGUCAUCAAGACUGACAGCAACUAACUCUGGGGGCGCAGGGGCUCCAAGCUCUACAGCCCCUUUCCGAGAACUUCAGAUAGCCCAGGAGCCACAGGCUAAUCACCCCACGCCCCUUUCCUUCACUGCCCACAUUUGGCAUGGGACUGGAGGGAGUUCAGAAGGCGUCUCUUUGAAUUAAGGCCCUGUGAUCUAGCAGCCUGCAGUGGUGUGAAACACACACCGUGGGUGUGCACGGACAGUCUCGCCCAAUCAACCCUCCCACGCAGCCCCCGGGCCCCUGUGCUCCUCCUGCACAAUGCAUGUGCUGUCUCCAUGCUGGACGCUGGACACUAAACUGGGGGGCUUGCCCCCUGCUUGCUUAAGGUGCCAGCAGACGGUCUGCUGACAAGCAGUGUCCUGGCUUGCCUCAGGACUGGCGCUUCCACUGGUUCUUCCUUUCCCUGGAGCUCAGAUGUGCUCCUCAGGACUCUGGGGAACAGGCUUUAGCAGGAAGUGGGGAUCGGAGGCUUAGCAGUGGCUGCUGCCCCAGGAAGAGGAGAUUGGCCAGCAAGCAGCUAAGGCCUGUGCAGGUCUCUGGCACCACGGAGAACAAGAGGCAGGGCCCACUGGGGGCCUUACCCCAUUGUGGGGACGGUUUUUUUUUUUUUUUCCUUUUUUUUUUAAAGAUAAAAUGUUCAGAGCCA